CCAAAACCACUUGAUCGCCACAACAUCUAGCAAGCAAGCUAACUGCGAGGGAAGCUCAACCGUCUGAUCACUCCCUGUUUCUUUCUGGGACUCUCAGCAGAAUGAUGGUGGCUGGGAUGCGCUUCCUGCAGCUGUUCGCGGUGGUUCUCGCCUUCUCCUUCGUGCCCGCCAAGUCCGGCUACUGGCUGCCGGCCCAUGCCACGUUCUACGGCGGCGCCGACGGCUCUGACACAAUGGGUGGCGCAUGUGGGUACGAGAACCUGUACAACGCGGGGUACGGGAUCAACAACGCGGCGCUGAGCACGGCGCUGUUCAACAACGGCUUGUCGUGCGGGCAGUGCUACCUCAUCACCUGCGACACCAGCAAGUCAAACAUGUGCAAGCCCGGCACGUCCAUCACCGUCUCCGCCACCAACUUCUGUCCCCCCAACUGGGCUCUCCCCAGCGACAACGGUGGCUGGUGCAACCCUCCCCGCGUCCACUUCGACAUGUCCCAGCCCGCCUGGGAAAACCUCGCCAUCUACCGCGCCGGCAUCGUCCCCGUCCUCUACCAGCAGGUCGCGUGCCAGAGGCAGGGCGGCCUGCGCUUCACUAUCAACGGCUUCAACUACUUUGAGCUCGUGCUGGUGACCAACAUGGCCGGGAGUGGGUCAGUCAAGAGCAUGUCGGUGAAGGGGACCAACACCGCAUGGAUUCCGAUGUCCCAGAACUGGGGCGCUAACUGGCAGUGCCUAGCGGGGCUGAAAGGACAAGCGCUCAGCUUCGCGAUCACCUCCUCCGGUGGACAGUACAAGGUCUUCCAGGACGUCGUGCCGGCAUGGUGGUUGUUCGGACAGACGUUCUCCACCUGGCAACAGUUCGACUACUAGCUAGUAUGAACAUUGUACAAUUUGUAUUACGAUUAUCAGUUCGCUUCGUUCAGAGCGAACAUGCAUGGAACUGUCCAGACGCAUACUCAUUAUCCCAUUUUGAUUGUUCAGUUCGUUGCCCAUCGAGUGGAUGUAGAUUUGAAUUGUAAAAUCGGUAAUCCACGACUCCCUCUAUGCCUCCUCUAUCUGGAACAAUAUAUACUAAGAGUGGACGUGUGCGCGCUUUGCUGCGUCGUUU